CUUAUAAAACAAGUUCAAAAAUAAAACAUUGUAACAGGGGAGCAUUUUGUGUGCUUCUCCCUGAUACGAAUAUUUUGGAAAGGAUAAUGAGUACAUUUAUUUGCAUUUAUACUGAAUAAUUAAAUUGAGGAUAGCCGUUGCUUGUUCUAAGAGGAACAUUCUAGUGAUGUCGAAAGCACGACUGUAUUUAUGUACAUGCAUUGCUGUGAUAGGAUUAUUUCACACUGUCUUUGCUCCUUCACCUACGUUUGGGAAAAUUGAGCUGUUGAUUCCUGAACGUAUAGAACAAUGUGAAAGGCAGAAUAAUUACAUUAGCGAUCUUGAUAACUGCUGUGGUUAUGUACGAUGCGUCAGUGGGUAUUUGGGCUCUCCAUAUUUUUAUAAUGGAGUAUACGGAAUCAAGAUGGACUGCCCUGCAAGUAGUAUAUGGCAUCCCGUACUCUGUCUAUGUGUCAGUAGGGAUGAGUAUAACUUCGCCUGUCCCAUUGAUACAUGCGCAUUCCGAGACACAGACGGAACAUGUGGGGAAUUUUUGGACGAAGAUGAGUGCUGUUUGGAACAAUUAGACAUUCAUCAAGUAUUAUCCUUCGAGAACUCCCAAAUAUAUAAACGCAUCAAUGACACACACUACGAGUUCAGAGGAGACAUACAGGGUUGUCCAGAAGGUCAGAUCUUUUAUCUCGAUGCAUGUUGCUGCGAAGGAAUACCUACAGUGACUGAACAAGAGUGCCUCUAUUAUUCUUUCGAUGAUCGUAAAAUUAUAAACAAUCGUGGACUUAUCUCAAAGGGAGUACGUACAACUCCUAAUCAAGAAGACCUAGGUGAUUGGUUGAUUGUUGGUGGGGUGAGCGCAUGUGACAGAGUUGAAGAUAUCGUUCUACUAGUCAAUCCUGAUGACUUGGCUGGAUCAUGGAGACACUUUUGCCUUAGUUUGAACAGAACUGGUUUCGUGAACGUUGUUCUUAAUGGAAGGCCGUUCUCGAUAUUGGAGAGAGAAAGAUUAGCUGAAAUUGAUUUCGAGGAAAUAAUGCGAGCAGUUAUGAACGACAUUGAACUUUUGGCAUCAGCAGAUUAUGGCGAUUCUGAUCUGAAUGACAUCAUGAACAAUGUUGUGGUAGAGGAUAUGAAUAUAUUCAAAAACCUUGCCGGUGGCGUUUUUCUGGACUGGAUAUUCUUUUACGACGAAACAGUAAGGAAAAUAGUAAAAUGGAUAACAAACCUUCAUUCGAAAGACAGAACAAUUGAAGAACUUGCACAAGUCUUUGGCCCCUUUUCAGAGCUCAGACAAGAAACACAGUUUGUAAUCCAAGACCUCACUGACCGGAGACAACUGGUGAUCGAAAUUGCCAAAGCUGUUGAUAUUUCACCAGAGGCACAGUUGAUGGCGGACUUAGUGGCAAAGAAACUGGAUAGAUUGCGUUAUAUGGUUCAACUGAUGGAUCCUAUUCUGAUUGAUGAAGAUGAUGGUACUGAAUAUAGUCCCGUUGAUUCAGCUGUUAGUAUAGGCAGUUAUUUAACGGGUAUCUCUUUCAGGAAAAAACGAGAUACAGCGAAAAGCAUUGAUGUGGAUCUAAUUGACCCGGACUAUUUGCGGGUAUUGGUAACAACUCGCCCUUUGAGAGAAUGGCUAAAAUAUGUAAUUCCUGAAGAUGAAGUCUCCCAUACAAAUGAACAUUACUUAAAUGAGAGUCGGAAGGAUGAAAGAGCAAAGAACGUCGACACACCAAGCCGAGCCAAACGAAAUAAUGUUCCAAUACCCGGUGACCCAUUAGUUCUUCGCAUCAUUAGUAGCAAACAGCCGUUAAGAUUAGGUGACGGAUUUAUUGGUGAACUGGACGAGUUUGUGCUCUGUGACUUUGUCCCAGAUAUGGACGCCAUAUUAGCAUUGUAUGAGAGCAACGUGAUUCCCACUCAACCUCUUGGAGAAUGGCAUGUCUAGAAAAUAAUAAUGGUUUGAAUUAUUAUGUAAAGUGAAAUGAAUAAUGAUCUGGC